CAUCCCUAAAAAUUGCCUCUGUCAUACAACCAGGAAGAAGGUGGGAUAGCCCUGCAAAGCUAACAUCCCCAAUCUUUCUGCAUACUUUCUCCGAAAAUAAUGGGAUCGUCCAGGUGGAAGGUGGCAGCGGCGGCGUUUCUCGCUAUAUUAGGCUCUUUAUUACCUGUCGACGCAGAUGAACACGAACACACGUACACAGAUAAGGAGGAGGUAGUUUUAUGGAUGAACACAGUGGGGCCUUACCACAACCGACAGGAGACAUACAAGUACUUCUCUUUGCCCUUUUGCGCGGGCUCCAAGAAGACCAUCAGUCAUUACCAUGAAACACUCGGAGAGGCUUUGCAGGGAGUGGAGCUGGAGUUCAGUGGCCUGGACAUAAAGUUCAAAGACGAGGUCAUGCAGACGACAUACUGUGAAAUCGACCUGGACAAAGCCAAAAAGGACGCCUUUGUCUACGCCAUAAAGAAUCACUACUGGUACCAAAUGUACAUAGACGACCUGCCCAUCUGGGGUAUUGUUGGUGAGGCUGAUGAAAACGGAGAUGAUCAUUACCUGUGGACGUACAAGAAACUGGAGAUCGGCUUCAACGGCAACAGGAUUGUUGAUGUCAAUCUGACCAGCGAGGGGAAAGUCAAACUCGUGCCAAACACUAAAAUCCCAAUGUCUUACUCUGUGAAGUGGAAGAAGUCAGAUGUGAAGUUUGAGGACAGAUUCGACAAAUACCUCGACCCAUCCUUCUUCCAGCACAGGAUUCACUGGUUCUCCAUCUUUAACUCCUUCAUGAUGGUCAUUUUCCUGGUGGGUCUGGUGUCCAUGAUUCUGAUGAGAACACUAAGAAAGGAUUACGCCAGAUACAGCAAAGAGGAGGAAAUGGAUGACAUGGACAGAGACCUGGGAGAUGAAUACGGGUGGAAGCAGGUCCACGGCGACGUGUUUCGGCCGUCGAGCCACCCGCUGAUCUUCUCUUCUCUCAUCGGCUCCGGCUGCCAGAUCUUCUCUGUCUCCCUCAUCGUCAUCAUCGUCGCUAUGGUUGAGGAUCUGUACACAGAGAGAGGAUCCAUGCUGAGCACAGCCAUUUUUGUGUAUGCUGCAACCUCCCCCGUCAAUGGCUACUUUGGGGGAAGUUUGUAUGCAAAACAAGGAGGCAGAAGAUGGAUCAAACAGAUGUUCAUCGGGGCCUUCAUGAUCCCAGCCAUGGUGUGCGGGACGGCCUUCUUCAUCAACUUCAUCGCCAUCUACUACCACGCCUCCAGAGCCAUCCCAUUUGGCACCAUGGUUGCUGUUUGCUGUAUCUGCUUCUUUGUCAUUCUGCCGCUAAACCUCGUGGGAACAAUCCUGGGGAGGAAUCUGUCGGGCCAGCCAAACUUCCCCUGCCGAGUGAACGCCGUGCCGCGACCCAUCCCCGAGAAGAAAUGGUUCAUGGAGCCGGCCGUCAUCGUCUGCCUCGGAGGAAUCCUCCCAUUUGGCUCCAUUUUCAUUGAGAUGUACUUCAUCUUCACGUCCUUUUGGGCCUAUAAAAUCUACUACGUGUACGGCUUCAUGAUGCUGGUCCUGGUUAUCCUCUGCAUCGUGACCGUGUGCGUCACCAUCGUCUGCACGUACUUCCUGCUCAACGCUGAGGAUUACAGAUGGCAAUGGACAAGCUUCCUCUCUGCUGCAUCCACCGCCGUUUAUGUUUACAUGUACUCCUUUUACUACUAUUUCUUCAAAACUAAGAUGUACGGGCUGUUCCAGACGUCCUUCUACUUUGGUUACAUGGCUGUUUUCAGCACUGCUCUAGGAAUCAUGUGUGGUGCCGUCGGAUACAUGGGAACAAGUGCCUUCGUGAGGAAGAUCUACACAAAUGUGAAAAUUGACUAAAGAGGCGAAGCAGUAAAAACAGGGAUAUUAACAGAUUUGCCUACGACGGCGGGCACAAGUCAUUCUUUAUUACUUUUCUUUCUUGCAAAGAGAUUGUGAGAAUCUCACUUUGUACAAUGUAGUUUUUUCUCCAUUUUCUGAAUGAAUUUCCACGCCGCAACUCACAAAGUGAACGAGAGCAAAUCUGCGGGAGGAGGAGAGAUUAUCAAACACACAAGGUUCUGUUUGUUUUUGUUUUUUUAAUCAGUUGUUGCUUUCAAGGAGAAAUGUUGAGGCGAAUGUUAAGGCUGACAUGGCUUCUCUUUUCCAACCCAGUCCCACCUGAGACCAGAGAACAUAAAUGUUUAUCGAUGGAAUAGUGUAGCUCUCUUCAGUGAAGAGGCCUAAGUGUAUUGAAAGCCUUUGUUCUAUUGUGUCAGAAUAUUGGAGAGUUGGGUUUGUGCCCGCGUUCUGACUUGAUUUCUAUUUUGUAUUCUUGAAGUCGCUCAUAAAAUAUCGUUACUAAACAGUACAGUAGUUUGUUUCAGAUCUACUUCCACUGCGAAAUGAAAAAAAAAAAAAAGCUGUCGUCACUUGAGAAUCAUUCCCCCAUUUUGACGAUUCUUAAUUCCCUGUUACAGUAGCAAUCCAUCCAGUCGAUGAUUUUAGUCCUGCUGUAGUUUUACUGUACGGACGAGAGCAGACGGACUCAUCAGCGGUUGAGGUACAGUAAGUAAGACAGACCUGAUUUUUAAAUGGAUGUUUGAUGUGAUCCCAUUUUCCCCGUUUAGUCUUUGUUUUCUUAAUGUUUGGGUUUGAAUGAAGUCUACUUGUAAAGAUAAUAUAUGGAUGGGGGGCGGGGGGAGGGGGAGUGUAUAUAACCUUAAUAAUGUACCUUUAGAUGUAGAUCCCAAAUGUAUUUUCGUUGUACAGAUUUACUACAGGGUGUUUUUUUUAAAUGAAUCAUUCAGUUAAAAACAAAAAAAGGUAUAUUUUGUUUUUUUUUUUGUUUGUUUGUUUGGUGCUUGGGGUGGGGCUGGUGGCGCUGUUACAUCUUGCCUGAAAUUGCAUGAAGUUUUCACCAAACCAUCUGAUCGUCAAAUUUUCACUUCAGUCAGCGCUGUCAUGUUCUUCUUUUUUGAUUGAUUGUGAGCAUCUUCUCAGUCAUCAAAAUGUAAAAAAGGUACAUUUUGAUGACCGGUAAUCCUCCUUACGGACACUCUUAUUAUUCUUAUUUUUGAUUUCAUAUAUUAUUUAAAGCUUUAAAAUAAAAAAACAGGCUCUACAUCUUCUGGUAAGCCAUUUUCCCUUCACGUUCUUUCUGUUGCCGAACCUGAAACAUCAUCUGUGAAUGUCAGGAGGAAUCAGGCAGUUGCUUUGUUUCCACAAAACAUACUGUACAAAGUGAAGUUUAUGUACACUUAAAACUAGAUGUUUUCAUAACCACACACAGUGCUGCCGAGUGUUUCAAAUGCUUUUUUCCAUUUUGUGUAAAUACAGUACGUACCCUACUUGUAUGAGAAGUGGCAAUGCCUUCUAUUUUUUUUCUAACUUCCAGUUCUCCCCCACUGAAGUUAAUUUUGGCACCUCAUGUUGUGUACCAAUGUCUGAUUGGACAUUUUGAACCUGCAUAUUAACUUGCUGUAAAAAGAGAAAAUAAACAUGUUUAUGUACAGGG